AUGAACUGGAGCAAAGCGUUGGAUUACAUGCAGCAGGCGUCCACGAUGCGGCUGGCUGUCAUAGUAUCGGCCCGCAAUGCCGCAAUGAUGGCCUGCACUGAGCUGGGGCGUUGGCUCGAGGCAUUGGCGCUGCUGCGCCGCGAAGCCGCUGGAGGCCUUCAAAGAGACGAAGUUUCGUACGCGGCUGCCGCAGGGGCCUGCAGACAGGCAAAUCGCUGGCAACAUGUGCUUGCCCUGCGGGCGCUUGCAGAAUCAGCAGGCAUGGAGGCUGAGCUAAUGCUUCAAAAUGCAGCACAUUGCGCCUGGCGCACCGCCCGGAGAUGGGAGGGCUCCUUGCAUCUGCUGCAGGAGAUGGAGGAGACCUCUCUACAGCCUGAUGCGGUUAGCUUUGAGGCGGCUGUCCAGACCUGCGAGCUCGGCGGCGAACCCGGGCCAGCAGCGCUGAUUCUCGGGCUCUGCCACUCGCGCGCCUGGCUUUUGGGCAGUCAAGACGCCCGCCCGAACGAAGCAGUGCCAAAGUGA